AUGGAGCUGAAGGUUCUCUCACAUCUCGACGCAGCACGAAUACAACUGUAUCAUUUUCGUUCGAUAAUUGUAGCAGGCAUGGGUUUUCUCACUGAUGUCUACAAUGUGUUUUGCGUCCCUCCAAUUACCAAUCUACUGGGAAGGCUAAAUUACGAUGGUAAGCUACCUCUUGGAACGAGUACAGCAGUAAAAGGAAUCGCUCUCUGCGGAAUAUUUGUAGGCAACAUUUAUUUCGGCCGGCUGGGGGACAGAAUGGGCCGUAAGAAGGUCUACGGAAAGACUCUUCUCUUAAUCGUGUGUGGUUCGAUUUUAUCUGGCUUCUCAGUGGGCAAGUCACCGGAAUUAGUAGUGGGUUCCUUAUGCUUUUUCAGGUUCUGGCUGGGCGUUGGCAUAGGCGGCGAUUAUCCACCGUCUACCACAAUUAUUGCCGAAUAUGCGAAUAAAAAGAGCAGAUGA